GUCUGGAGAAAUGGUUCUCUGCACCCAGUAGCCAGUCACACAACAGCCUCAUGUAGGGGACUGACACAGGAGGAUAUGUUGUACAUGGCUACAUACAUGUGUUUACAAUGAUAAAUGACUGGCACAAAGAGCUGCCUACGUUGAUAUACACAUGUUGGAACACAGUCCCUGGAUGCUAUUCAUUAUCCAGGAAAGGGGUAGUGAACAAACUAAUUGAAAUGAGAUCCGAGAUCCGAGAUCCACCACAGACAUCUCCCAUUUGAUAUAGAAGACGUCGGAUCUGGGAGAAAGUCAUCGCAGAAAUAAAUAUCUUGAUAUGAAUCAUCAUCUACGACAUCUUUGAUGGACAGCUGUGAACAUCACAACAUGAAGUGAUCCUGUUACGUUUCAUGUAGCGAUAUCGAAUGGCGAUUCCAAGCCCUGAGAAUGAGGAGGCUACUAUAUGAACUGCCCAUCUUGAUGCUAGUCAUAGCAUCAGCAGCUAAACCCACGGAAAUCAACGAGCUCCCGGAGAGCACUGCUAGGCAGUCACCGCUGUGGUUUCCUGACACAGACAAUAGGAGGGUGAAUACCACGAAGGUUGUCUCGAGCAGCCAGUCGUCGGAGCAUUUCUACAAUUCCGUGAUUGAAGCGUUGGAGAAGAUUAAUGUUUUGCCCCAUUCGUGUAUAAAAUUCGACAAAAUUACACGUGAAGUGUUGCAUGUGGAUGAAACGGCGAGUGUUCGCACCAUUGGAGUUUAUCUUUAUUUCCAGGAGAGUUCCCAGUGGGGAGAUAAUUUAGAUGAUAGUGUGAAAAGUUCAAGAGAGUUAUCUCCCAAUUCAAAUUUGGAUAAUUCACUUAAGGAGCAAAGUGGUUCCCAACAUAAAGUGCGGUGUCAUUCGGAAUCUAAAGUUGUGAUGAUGGACGCCCAUUCCCUUUUGAGGCAGCAGGAUGUUGCGAACGCAUCCCGCAGUGCAUCGGGAUCGGAGUAUAAUAACACUGUCACCAGCGUCAUCGUUGGCGCCCAUAGUAACAGCGACUCCGAAAACACAGAAGGAGCGAUUACAGGUAUCAGUCGGACACAGCUGGUUGUGAUAUCCACAUGUUCUGCCAUUAUCGGCACCUUCUUCCUGAUAGCAGGCAUCCUGCGAGUGAGGAACUACUACAAGCGUUACCGCCAGCAGCAGAGACAGGCAAGUCGACCCACAUUCCGUAGCUGUAGUGUAGCGUUGCGUAACUCCACCCCUUCCAACGAGCAGAUCCACAGGGACUCUCUCCUCAGUAAAUCCAGCUCAGUCCAGAGCAACUUCACAGGCAGAGGCACAGGUACCCAGUAUCCUGCCAGCCAGUCUUCUCGCGAUAAUUCCAGGAAUAAUUCUCCAAAAGCUUAUGCUGAUAAAACUCCUUUGCUGGUGGUGACGUCUCCGUCAGACACAACCAACGCCUCCACACCAACCGUAUCCCAAGCAUCAUUGCAGUGUCCAGAAGACGACCCUUCAAGGAGAAAGAAUGCCAAACCACCCAUUACCAACGAAGACGACAAGGAAAAUAGUCCCCUAUUGGUGAACAGUGACGACAAUCAUAUAGACAUUGGACAAAUAUCCGAUGAAGGGUAUAUUGAAACAAUACUCAAUAACAAAGGCCCGUUAGAUAAACAAACACCAAUGGUAAAUGGUGACAGUGAAAACGUCAAGGACUUCUCUGUAAAAGAUUCUUGUCCAAAGGUUAAAGAAGUAAAUAAUGUACCCAUCACUGAAAUAGAGAAAACCCGAGACGGCCUAGUCAACAACGCCCCUAAGUCUUCAACUGCCGAUGGACAGACGAGACCUGUCCAAUCACCCGAACUUUCUCCCGGAACCAAUGAAGCGACCAUGCUUAUCCCAUUAGAUUCAACCACUAAUGAAAAUGCUGGAUUUGAGGCAUCCAACUUUGGAUUGACCCAAUCAGAUUCCAGCUUGUCAUCAACCAAUCCGGCAUACGCUUAUGGAAACCAAACGGAGUAUUCCAAUGGCCUCAGCCAUUUUGAGGAAAUUAUGAUACACGGCCAGGUUUUCAAUGAUACCCCAUCCCACAGAAAUCCCCGACUGAAUCCUCUUCCCAUGCCAUCCCUUCGCAGUUUUUCCGAAAACUCCUUUGAUUACGGAAGUGGUACGAACACUGGCAGAAUAGCUGCAUCAACGGGAGCCCAAGCGGGCUCAUCAAGGGGAGAUCACUCUAUGAUGAGAAGCAUGUCGCUUGUGGACUCCUCACCCAAGGGAAGGAGGGACAGACGGCUUAUGAAAACAAAUUCCGUCGUUGGAGAGGUUGCAUCGGAUCUUCCAGUCCUCGGACAAAUAAGUGACCCCAAACCUUCAGAACAAUCGGAAAAUUGUGUUUCUCCUGCUCAACAGAAUAUGUCGGCUCAAGCGAAGCGUGAGCUAUUUGGUUGUGGACAAGACACAAAUAUUCAAUCGAGUGGUGAAUUGUCUCGAGAAACAUCUACCGAGGUCACUCCGCCUACCAUCACCAAACUCUUGACGUCAUGUGAAGAAGAGAAAACAACGUUUUUGUGACAUUAUUUUUCUAUUCUUCGUCAUUGUUACUGUUUUCAUGGUUUUAGAGAAUGUCGUGCUGAGGAUGAGAGGUGCUCGUGGGAAUUCUGUCUCAAGGGUGAACCGUUGGUUGCUGUGUUUCUAGUCUUGCAGAGAAAUGUUAUUUGAUAUUUCAGUGUGAAUCAGGAUUGUGGGAUUAACAUCACUUAUCAUCCGUGUAGGUAGUGACAGAAAAUGAAAUACAGCCCUAACGUUAGUAGGGGCUCGGGUGACCAAGUCGUCUGUGCAGAGUUGCGUCUCUAAGCCGUGACAAACACACAUGAUCGUGGCUUCGAAUGCCAGAUUCAUCCCGAUUGUGUUUCUCGGUUUGUCAGUAUUGUGCUCGUGGGUUUCAAGAGGUAAACAUCGCAGACCCUCAUCAUCUAAUUGUUUCUUCUCACUCAACCUGACACGCCGUAAUUUUACUGAAAUAAUGUUCAAGGCGGCAUAAAACCCAACUCACUCAUUCACUCCACACAGCAGAUUCCAAUCCUCUAAAAGUUGUAUAUUUUACAUGGGUGUUUCGAAUAUGUAAAGAACUGAUUUCGGGGGAUCCAUCUUCUUUGUGGCCUCGUUGACAUUGGAGAUUGUGAAUAUUGCUUUACACCACACUCAACGAUAUCCUUCCACGGCUUGUAAACGAUCAAUUCGGGGCCAGAUAAACCAGUGUUCGACAGCAUGGGAGACUGGAACAAGCUACAGAUUCCCAGUCAGCAAGGUGACACAUAAUCACAACCCAAUACUCGUGUGUGGGCUCUUGUGGCAAGCACGAGGAAUUUGGGAGGUUGUCUGCACAGAAGGGGUGGGUUUUGUUUUCGUUUGUUUUUCUGGGGUUUCUUUUGGUGGGCGGGGAGGCAAAACAGCAAAAUUAUAACGUUGAUCCUUCUUCUUGGCAGAUAUGAAUAGAACUCAGACAAAUGACAUUUGUUUCUCCCCGAUGGGUGAGUGAUUGGUUUGGUUGGUUUUAACGCUGCAUUGGGGAGUAUUUCAUUUAUAUCCCGACAUGUCAGUUCCAUGAAUGACCUUAGGUUUACCGCUUUGAAACCAGAGCAUGAGUAGGGUGCUGACAAAUCGAUGGCAAUGGGGCGACUCACCAAAGCACUAUUCAUACUUGCAACAACUUGACCCCAGUUUCAAUUUCUUUUAGAGGUGAUUAAUUUUCCUUACGUCCACAAUGGAACUGGGUAAAAGAGAGUCUGUUUUAGAGGCCGUGAAUAGCUGUAAUAUUGCUGAGACGGCGUAAUGCAAUAUUCACUAAGUGUUUUAGUGUGUGCAGCGUGUCUUGAUUUAAAAAGUUGUUACUAUACGUAACUGUAAGCAUACGUGACUUCGUAGCACCAUGACAAAGGUUAAAACAAACUGGCUCCCAAACUGUCAACAUUCGUAUCUGCAACGCAAUCCUGCAGGUCAUGUGACCAGAUCGGCGCACAUCACGUGACCAGGGUGACAAAUUCCUUAUUUCCCAUGUUUAAAGAAGAACGCCUCAUGUUUUGCCUUUCUUGGAAAGUUUCAGAUCAGGCCGAAAAGAGGACAGAUAGCGCGUGUUGUGAAUGAAAGACAAAUAUGGUGAAAAUUGUUUGGCGUAUUUCCUCUAAUAGGCGCUUCCGUCAUUGAUUGGAGACCUGAUGCCUGCAAGCGCCCCGUUCCACGAAGCGACCUGUAUUGGAGUAAAGGUUAUCUUAGCACUAAAAUCGCUUUGUGGAGCGGGACCCCACCUCUUUCCUCACGGUACAAUAGGGACUAGUUAUAUGGUUUGUGAAUGGGGAGCAUUCCUUUAUUGUUUUAGUCGACCCGGUCUCCAUUUCGACGUCCUUUGUAUAUUAGAAGAAAUACGAAGCCAAAAAUGAAAGUUUGUUUAUAUCUUGUUUGUGGCUUUGUGAUAUUUUGUUUUUUACUUAGAUGUGCAGAAACUACCUACAGUCAUCUGUGGGUAUCAGCUCCAAAUGUAGUAUAUACAUUGAGCCUUCUCGUCAACAUACCUCAUGUUGAGGUGUCUUGUCAAUUUCUCUGGUCUCUUGAUUAUUUCGUCAUUGUGUCACUUGAAGUUUUAGGAAAAAAGAAAUGAAUAUUCCAAGAAUACAUGAUUGUCAUGUUUUGUCUGUUGACAGAUCCACGUCAAUGACAUGACUUGUUUUACCUUUUGUUUAAAACGUACUUUAAUGGCCGACCAAUAUGUUUCCUGGGUAGUCAUAAAGUAACAAUUUGGCUACACUUUUCGAAUUAAAAUGUCAAUUUGCAGAUUAACGAAACCGCAAAACCGAAAAAAGGCAUGCGUCAAACUAUUUACAUAACGGCCCAUAAUGAAUAGGUCUUCAGCAACCCAUGCUUGCCGUAAAAGGCGACUAUGCUUGCCGUAAGAGGCGACUAACGGGAUCGGGGUGAUCAGACUCGCUAACUUGGUUGAUGCAUGUCAUCUUAUCCCAA